GUGAUCUGGACAACGAUGAAGAGAUAAGGGUUUUGGAAGAAGAAAUAUUAGAGCUGCAGGAAUACAAUGCCAAAGUAGAAUCAGAAAUGAUUAGAUUAAGAACAGACAUCUCCCAAAUGGAGCAGCAUAUUCGCAUGACUGAAAGAGACAAUCAUUCUCUUACUCAGAAGAAUCAUAACUUGACAGAAUAUUACGAAUCUUUAAGGAACAAUUUUAUAACAUUACUAGAGCAAAUUAAACUUCCGAACUUCGAUGAGAAACCAUCAAAAGAAAAUUUUGAUCUUUAUCUUAACAGGCUUCAGGUAUUGUGCUCAGAAACCUGUCGGGAAGAAAAUAAAUCUAUACUCUCAUCUAUAAAGCAAGCUCUGCAAGACUUCAGCUUACCAGCUGUAAAUGGUACCGGUGGAUGGUUGCGAUCGUAAGACUUUAACCAAGGCCUGCUGGCAUUGUGAUAUAUUUAUUAAUUGCCAUUAUUCACCUUCCUAUGUGAUCUUAAAGGUUUGACAUGUCUUUUUCAAGCCAACUAUCAUGUGUGCGUGUGUCCUUUUCUUGUUGCUUCAAGUCUUAGCCAUAUUCCUUUAAAUAGUCAUUUUUAAGUGUUGCCCAUGAGUACUUUGAAUUGCAAUUUUUUCUAAAUGCUCUUACAAAUUUUGUUGAAUAGUCACUUGUUAAAGCAACUCAUAAGUACUCUGAACUUAAUUUUUAUUUUUUUUUUCAUUAUAAGUACUGCUCAUAUGCAUUUUAAAUUUUACUAUUAUUUACUUUCUUUUUCAAUGUGAUGGUAAUUUUUUAAAUGCUGUUCAUUAAUGCAUUAAACUAUUUUUUAUUAUUGAAAUUUUUUUUUAAAGAAUUAUCGAAUUGUCCUUUUUUUAAGUUUUACUCAAAUGUUCGAAUUGUCACUCUAAAUGCUGUUCAUAAGUACUUUAAACUUAAUUUUUUUCUCUUAAGUGCUACUCAUAAGUAAUUAUAAGCAAUUUAAGUGAUAAUUAGUUCAUACAAUGAAGCAAUUUUAUUUACUUAAAUGAGUUUUAAAUAAGAAAAAAAUUAUAUGUUCUUUUGCUGGUCAAUGCUCAUACUCUUCUGGAAAAAUUAAAAUGUUUGCCAAAAACCUGAGAAAAAUUAAAACUUUUUCAAUGUCUGUGUUUUUGAUUGCCCAUGGCAAUGAAGGCUUAAAGAAAGGUUUUUGUAUUGAUGUACAUUAACUUUUAUUUUUCAUACUUUUUAAAGUUUUAUUAAUGUGUUUUGUGCACUAACAGGGCUGCCAACUACCAUGCUUUUUGCUAGGUCUUAACAGGGUGGUUAACAGUUAAAAACUGAAGCUUUUAGAUUUUUUAGUAAUAUUGCCUACAAUUUAACAAGCCUUACCACAAGAGUUAUUGUAGUUGUAGUUCUUGUAGUACAUGUAUGUCGCACUAGAGUUGCACAAUGGUCUGGGAAACAUCCCUAUGGAUAAUCCGAAGACUUGCCAUCACAAUUUACCUCGAGAGUUUUACAUAGUGGCAUUCCAUAUGCUCUUCUUAAUCAUUUGCAUGUAGUGGUUUAAAAAAUAACUUUAAAUCAAAUUUAUGAAACAAAGAAUAAAACAUUCAAACGUAAAUUUCGCUACCACUUAGAAAAUUUUUCUCAAAAAGAAUGGAAGUUGGUAGUCCCACUAUCAUAAUAUGUGUUCUUAACUUAUAUACUGUGUUAUUGCUUAUAUUGUAAACUGUUGUUUGAGAGAGUCAGGAAAUUUCUCCCUAAAAAUUGAGUAUGAAUCCUACAUAUGCAUUUUGAAAUUCAUAGUUUUCAUUUCUUUUAAAAAUUAUAUUAUUUUAUACUUCCUAAUUUUGUACUAUCUUUUUUUAUCUAAAUUAUUUUGUUGAGUUUUCAUGCUUGUGAGCAAUUUUAACUUCUUUUUUUUUUAAGUUUAAUAAUAUUUUAUAUUACUGUUGAAAUAUUGUGAAUUUUGUAUUAUUGUGUUCAUAUAUAUUGUGCUAAAAUUCUGUGGAUAAAAAUACACUGUGUUUGUUUUUAUCUGUUUCGUUACCUUUUCCAAUUAAUUUUAAAAAAGAGAGUAAUAAAAAUCAUCUUCUUUUAAAAAUGCUUUAAAUGUAAACACAGAUUUUUUUUUUUUAUUAUUACCAUCUUAGAAGCAGAAAUAGCAUGCUACGGUGAAAAGCGAUGUAGAUUUAUUUUGGCCCAGAAGACAAAAAAAAGUACCUUAACUUUGUAAAAUCAAAAAAGAAAAAAAAAACUUAAUGCAAAAUUAAGACGAACUGGAAAAAUAUUUUCUUUUGUAUUAUUCCUGUUAUUUUAACUCGCAGAGCUCGCAAUAAUAUACUAUGGCUGGUUUUUGACAGAAAUUUAAAAGUGUGAGGGGGGGAAUUUUGGAAAAAUGUUUGAUUUCAGGGUUCCAGAAAAUUUGAUAAACUUUCUUUACAUUAUGUUUUAGGUUUUAGCAUAUCAAUUGAAUUGCAAUAUUAUCUUAUUUGAGGUAGAACUUUUAAUUUCUAGUACAAUAAGUUCUGGAAUGUUUUUAUUUAGUUUAACAGAUCAUUAUUUUUUUAUUAAAAUAAAAAUAUUUUAUUUGUAAUACUGAUUUAUUUCAAUACGCUAGAAACAAUUGUCACCAAGAAUAUUUUUCAUUUUAAAUUUAAUGUUAAUUUUUAUUUAUUCUAUAAUGAAUUUCAUACAACAACAAAAAAUUUCAAUUGAGUAAUUCAUUUGAGUUUUGCAGCUAUUUCAUAACGUAGAGUAAUAUUAGACAUUCUGAAUCUUUAAAACUUUUAGACCUAUAAAGUGCAACAUUUUAACAUAAAUAUUUCAACAAACUCACUGCAGAUAAAUUUUAGAGUCUUUUCCAUGAUGUUGCAGAUCAAUACAAAGGUUUCUGCUGCUGAGUGUGCCAUAUAAAAAAUAAAAAUGUGUACUGUUGUUGUAUAAAACAUUAUAAUACCAAAUCCGUCAAAGCUUGGUUGUUCUUUAAAUUAAGAAUCUUAAUAAAAGGAACAAAAAUAGUGCAUAUCCUAAAUUUUUGAGAAUUUUUUUAAAAUUUGUUGGUGUAAGAUGUGUGUGUUAAAAUUUUGGAAGCAUCAUAUCAUACUAUAAUUUUAUUAUAACAAUUUAUCUUAAUGUUAACUGGGCUCUAUAUUUUAAUUUAUUUUAUUUAUAAAUAUUAAAUAGCCAUAAAAUUUAUUUUUUAUUAAAAUUAAGUACAAUAAGAAGAAAUUGUCAAGGAAAUUUCUAUUUUACAAUGUAUACUGUGUGGGAACUAAACUAUUCAUAUAAGCUUUAAGUACCGUUUAUCUAACUAUUCCUAUCAAUUAUAUUCUAGCUUAUCUAAAAAUUUUUUUUUUUUAACAAACAAAUAUAACUUUAUUGAGAACAAAAACACAUAAAUACAAAGAAUAUAUAUUCGUCGUCAAGAGGAAAAUUCUGUCCAGGCGACAAAGAAAAGUAAUACAAUAAAUUU